AUGGCUCUCCUGUUGCCUACCCCUCGCAUGGGAUGCCGUUCUCAUUUAAUGUGCUGUCGCGUUUCAGUGGCCUACCUACUAGUGGCUCGCAUACUCCCGUCCUUUCAGUCUCUUGUUCUCUCAAGAAGAUUCCGCAUGGCGGAAGAGGAGUACAGAAGACAGAGGAUCUUGGCCUCACCACGAGCAGAGAGGCGAUCCGUUCUCGCUCGAAUCGGAGGCGUAGAACUGCAUGAGGUCAAGGUGAGGUGUACCCGUAACGAUGUUCGUGAGGACUUCAGCAAUGGUGAUAUCGCACGUGGUCAAUGUGACCUGAAGUCAGAGUCCUGCACACAUGUAAUCUCAGCAUGAAUGCUGCCAAUGGUCACAGUGCAGACAUAUCCAGGUGAGCUGGGA